AUCCCUCUGAUCGAACUAGAGCUGAAGACAUUACCUAUUGCUGGCUUAUUGGGUGGGGCAAUAUUUUCAAGUUAUAAUUAUUUCCGAGUAAUUCUUGGAGGAGGUGUGGGGAAGAAUGGUUCUACAAUAGCAGGAACAAGUGUUUUAUCUCCGGGCCUCCACAUUGGUCUAAUUAUUACUUUGGCAGUUGUGAUCUACAAAAAAUCACCAACUCAACUGUUUGAAAACCAUCCUUGUCUGUAUGCCUUAAGUUUUGGAUUUGUAUGCGCAAAAAUUACACAAAAAUUAGUGGUAGCACACAUGACAAAAAGUGAGAUCUAUCUUCAAGACACAGCAUUCAUUGGACCAGGCCUCUUAUUUCUAAACCAGUACUUCAGUUGUUUUAUUGAGGAAUAUAUUGUUUUAUGGAUUGCACUGUUCAUCUCGUUGUUUGAUUUGCUGAGAUACUUUACUGGAAUAUGCAUACAGAUUGCUGCUCACCUUCACAUACAAGUCUUCAAGAUCUCACCUCCUCAAGCUCUUGAACAGGUUCAGAAUCAUAAUGAGUGACUUAUAAUUAAAUGUGAAGAGAAGUAGGGAGAAAUCUUGAUUUAUGGAAAAUAUUGUUUUUAAAGAAACCUGAAGGCUAAGAAAACCAAAUAUAUGAAGGAGUUCAUAAUAUGAAGGAGUUCAUAAAAUUUCAAAUUAUACUAAGACAUAUAGUUAUCUUGAUCAGAAUCAUAGAAACUUUUGUUAAAAAAUCUGUGUACUUUCUGUUUGUAUACACUUAUGGUUGAAAGUCUAAUGAAGGUAAUCACUAGCAUGGUCUAUUCCAUUAAUGUAUUUGACUUUUUAGGAGAGUAAAUUUACCAUUAGUAUAUAGUACAAAAAUUACAUAAUAGCUCAUUGAACAUUUUGUCAUGUCUCAAGCUUUCAAGAAAUUGGCUAAAAAUGUAACCAAUGUAGUUAAAGAAAUCAGUAAUUAAAAGGAUAUUGUAUUAUUUUCAGGCUGGCCAAAAUAUAGUUUGUAGUUUUACUUUCAAUUAAAGUUUGUGGUAGACAGAAACAUUUAAACAUUUUCCUCCCCUGGCAUCUGACACUUACCCCUGAGUGAUAGUGCUCAGCUUACAAUGGCAAUUGGAACCUGAAUUCCCAUUAAACAAUAGUCAUAAAGCACAACAUUGUCACUUAGCAACAGAAGUCCCUGGCAUUACUAAAUUGCAUUGGCUUCAAUUUUUGACCAGUUUCUUAAUAGACUUUACUUCUGGGGAGAUGGCAGGGAACAUCAAAAAACAUUAUCAUAUAAUCAAAGAUGCUGCAAUGGACAGAAAUAUAAGGAGCAAUCUUAAGUACCAUUUGUUCAGUGCCAUUGCAACUUUGAAUGAUUGCUGAAUGAAUGGUCAUAACCCGAGGAUUACCUCUAUUUGCUUUUCAUUGAAUGAAAAUAUGGGAUUAGAUGCCUAGUUUGCUAUUUGCAAAUUGUAACUUCCCAGACAGCUGUUUAUAAAAAAAGAAAAUUUGCUAGUGGUGUGGGAAGAGUAACAACUGCAACGAGUCCUGCAUAUUAGAAUGAAACCCAUCUUUUUUUAAAUGUGAAGCUUUUUUGAGCAUAAAAUAAUCUGGUCCAUUACAUUUAAAACAACAAAAAAUCUAUUUUCAUUUACACAAAUGUGUUACAAAUACAUUGGGAUUAUAUACCUGCAUUUUUAAUAUUAUACAUUAACAUUUUUAAAUAUUAUUUUGCAUAGCCAGCAAUACAUGUUCUUCCUUUUGAACGUUUAAGUCUCUAGAAAAACUUACAACUAGUUCUUUUCCUUGUGUUGUUAAAUGAUAGUUUAUUUUUCAUGCAACCCUGAGGUUUGUUAAUUUAUUAAUUUAUCUUUCAAAAAUUAUUCUUAGGUUAUGGAAAACAAAUAUAAUGUAGAAGCCAUCUAAGCACAUUUAACAGAAAUUAUGCUUGAUUUCAGAAAAUGUGUUUCAUCUUAGUUUUGAUACUAUAAUAAAAACAGUUGUAGGGUUUCUACUGAACACUUUCAUAAGAGAAUCAAUCCCAAGCGGCCACUUCCCUACAUAUGAAGUAAAAACAUUCCAAUCUGCAUCACUAAUUAUUAUAUCUCUCUAGAAAUUAGAAAACCCAACAGAAUUAUAAGAAUAAUCUAUUACCUUGACUUUUAAAUGAAGCUUAAAUAAAAAGUUUCAUAAGCUAUUAUAUAAAAAUUACAUUUGCAGAUUCAGUUGAAAAAUUGCCAUUAUGCAACCAUGGUGAAUUCUAUAUAGAAAACCAGUACUUAAUGCAAUGGCAUCAUGAUAAUUAGUAAGUGCCAAACCUUGAUAUUUAAAUAUAAUCAAACAUUUCAAGCAAAUUUUGGAGAAAAAUGAAAGCAAUAUAAUUGAUAUUUUAAAAAAAAGAUCAGAUGUAAGUCAAACACAAUUCUAAAUUGCUUUAACCAUUCCAUAACUGUGUAAAUACUGCAUUUGUAAUGUUUCAAUGUUUUUGAACUAUGAAAAUGUAAAUUACCUCUUCAAAUUUUGAUUCGCAACCUCAGUGAAUCUGUCUUGUAGUAUUUCAAUGGAUGGUAAGAAACAUUUCAUUUCAAAUUUAAUGCUUUCUUACUUUCUAUUCAAUAAUCACUCCAAUGGUACUUGUUUUUUAUUAAAUUACAUAAACCAAUAUUUUCACAGCACUAGGUUUGAUGUAUCAAUUUAUUAGCCCAUAACUUUUCCUUCAAAUAAUACAUUAGUAUAUUAAUACCUUUAAAUUAUUACAAUACUAAAUCGGGAAAACAUACAAUGUAAUAAGAUAAGAUAGUAAGGAAUUUGUAAAGAUUGUUCAAUUCUUAUGUUAAAGCACUUUACUUCUAAUGUGUGACUGAUUUUCCCCCACCCCCAGCUUUUAGGACUUUUUCAUUUUGACUUGAAUUUCCAAUUCAGCUAAUGGACUUUUGUAACCACUGUGCCUAACUAGGGAUAAGUCUACAGUAGAGAUAUUUUGAAGUUUACAAAUACUAUCAUAACCCAUACAUUUACAUUUGUAAUUUGAAAAUGAAGGAAAAAAAGUAUGUUAAGAUAAAAGAAUUAUAUUGUGAAAAAUGAAAAAAACAGUAAUUGUUAUUAUUUGUUGAUUUCUUUUGUAACAAUGAAGUAUUCAGACACAUGUAAUUUUUAACAUGGAAUGUGAAACAGUCUCUUUUUUCUUCUCACAAUGGCUAAUGUGUAUAAUUGUAUCAUAUUAUUUAGGUACAAGUUGUUUCUCCAUUGAACCAUCAGUAUAACAUGGACUGAAGAGAUUUGCGAACAGUUGCCAUCUCUUGCUGUUGCUGUUAUGAGAAAGAAAAAUAUAUUGAUCAAAUGCAACAUUUUGUAUCAGUUCUCUUAGCUGGUGAAUUAUAAACAAUGUUUACUUUUUCUAUUUAAGUUGUUGAAGUUUUCAUAAAUCACUAUUAAUACUUA